CGCCGCUCAGUUGACGUGCCGCGGUCAGGGCCUGUGACGCCCAUCAUCAGCCCGAUCCACAGCCGGCGCACGAGUCUCUUGAUCCCAAAGGAUGGCGACGACAAGCUGGACUUUACGCGGCUAGGCAGGGAGGACAAGGACAAGGAGAAGGGCAAGGAGAAGCUCCAGGAGGACAAGCAAAAGGACAAGGCAUCUUCCAGCACAGAUGACCUACGGCAGUCUCUCACGCAGCUCAGCACCUUCUCGACCGAAACAACUCGACAGCUAGACCAGACACACUAUGCCUUGCUGGAGAAGACGAGCAGCUUGCAGGUCAUGGUCAAGGCCCUCAAGGACCUUGCGCAAGCGUCGUGCGACCUCCAGGUAGGAUUCGACAUGGCCGCGCGGGAGCUCGAGACGGACAUUACAGAGCAGCUACGUGGCAUUGGACACUUCGAAACACAGCAGUCCACGAUCGAGACUCUGCAGAGUCGCAUACACCUGGGGAGGCAGACUGCCGAUAAGCUGGCAGAGCGAGUGGAUGUGGUGCGCAAACAAAUCGAGGGCUGGGAACGUGCCGACAGGGCGUGGCAAGAGAAGACGCGCAAGCGACUGAGAAUCACCUGGGCGGCUUUGUCAAUCCUUGUUUGCAUUGUUGGCCUUCUCUUCAUGGCUUUCAGCUACAAUUCCCGCGGCGCAGCACAGGACGAGUCUGGAGCUCGGGGCGUAUGG